AUGAACAGACCCAAACCUUUCGUCAACGAGGCCACGACACGAGCUGCUCCGAAGAAACCCAAAGCAACUACUUCGAAACGUGGACGACCGCCUUCAAAAAAGAAUCCUACAACUGGUAACACGAAGGAAAACGUGUUGGGCAUCGCCCCUGGGGCUGGAGAGGCUAAAGCAGCGGCGUUGAAGCGGAAGAUUGUCGCUGCACCAAAGCCCAAGCCGAAGGACAUGAAACCGAGUUAUGGGCCCCUGCUCUUCAGCUGCAAAGAGCGACUUGAGUUGCUCGUUAGCCCUGCCAUCCUGAAGGACUCAUCGCUAAUACCCAAGACAUCCAAGAAAGCACGUGAAGCCGCAGCGAGGAAGGUGGAAGUUGUUCUCAAGGAUUUUGUCGACAUGCCCUUGGACGUCAUAUUGGAGGCGAAGCCCAUCGACUUGCUCAACCUUACGCGCGUCUCGAAGGAAUUCAGGGCAUUUUUCUUGUCGCGUAACAUGAUCUCGGUAUGGAAGAGAGUUCUCGAAGAGGCCGCUACUGGUGAUAGGUGGUUCCCGAAAUGCCCAGAAGACAUGUCGUUGCCGCAGUUCGUUGCGUUGAUGUUCGACAAGUUCUGUAUGGCAUGUCUCAAUCUGCGCGGAACCAUAGAGCCAGAGUUCAUGCUUCGCGUACGGCUAUGUAUUGGCUGCAAGAAGCUAAACCUUGUCUCCGGAUUCCAAAUCAGGCAUCGAUUUGGGGUAUACCCCGAUGUUCUUCUCUCGUUGCUGCCAUCUUCUGGCCCUACCAGUUAUUCGAUCAUACAUAACUCAAUAUCUCAGCACGACAGUGUCGGAAACCAUAAAUCCAUGCUGUAUUUCCAACCGGAGGUCGAAUUAGUCCGGAAAGCGUACACUCAGUCGUGCACGGAGGGUGGCGAGCGGCACAAGAAGUUCCUCGUCGAGAACCAUGCGAAGGCUACUCGGAUGAUUAAUAUUUGGACCGGAAUGCAGGAGAGCAAGGCCGAAAGAGCCGUGCUGGACAAAAAGUAUAAAAGGAGGCGAAGGUACACACGCCAACUUUCCCAGCUUUACCACUUGACUGCGUGGACAGUCCUUUUCCAACCCGAGAGCAACCAGCACAUCCUCAGCCACAGUGACAACCCGCUGUGCGCAGCUCACAUUCUUGCCAAAGAGUUCCCAGAACAGCUCGAUGUUGCCGUCAAGCCAGUGGUCCAUGAUUGCCGGAAGAACAGGGACGACGCUUUCUGA